AUGUUGAGUCAACCGCGAUGGCUGAUGUUGGUGGUAGCAGCUAUGCUGACGCUGCAGGCGAAGGGUGAUGGUGGCAUCAGGCUCCCUGAUCAGCCACCCAAAGAACAAACUGAAGGACGGUCUUUAAACUUCGGAGGGGAUCCUGGCCGAUCGCCUCAAGCUCAAGGUCGUGGUCUCCUGGACUGGUUGGGUCUAGGUGAAGACCAGGACCCCUACAUUCAGCAGGCCACGCAGCAGUGCAUCAAUGGAGACCUGGCUGACUGCUUCAAGGCUCAGGCUCUGCGAUCUUUUGACGACUUCUUUGAUAAGCAGGCUUACCAGUUAUCAGAAAACGCAGUCCUGGUGAAGGUGGACUCGCAAGCCCGUGCGUUGUCCCGGGAGCCUCCACAGCUGGACUCGCAGCCUCGCAGUGAGGACUCGGACUGGGAGGCACUCGUCAAAUACGGCAUGAGGAAAAUUGAAAGAUUUUUAAGAUCAACAGCUCUAGAGAUGCAGCUGGAUGAGGAAGUGACAUCUCGAGGUGUUAUUGCUCCUCGUUUCAUUGAACAAAUUGCUGAUGAAGUGGAUAUCAUUGAGGAUAAAAAGGCACCUUUCCGUCAACAUAAGUUGAAGAAGUUGAUCAUCCCUAUGCUGCUGAUUCUCAAGCUGUUCAAGCUGAAGCUGCUACUGUUCCUGCCCCUCAUCCUCGGUCUCGCCAGCUUCAAGAAGUUCCUGGGAUUCAUGGCUCUUAUCGUUCCUGGUGUGAUCGGUUACUUCAAGUUCUGCAAGCCCAAUUCCUCGCCGUUCUCAUCCAGCCACUUCUCUGGACCUCACUACAGCCCAGCUGGUAUCGGGCUCGGACCGUACAGGGAGACUCCGCCCCAGUCUCAUUAUGCGUCUCAUUAUGAUAGCUACCCUGGUGGUCACAAAUAUGGAUCUGGUGGUGGAAUUUCCUUUAGGGAGCAUGAUGUCAGCCCCCAAGACCUGGCUUACCAAGGAUGGGAGUACAGGAAUAAACAAGGAGCUGAAGACAUCAAGGCUGAACCAGCUUAA